AAGUGAAAGCCAUGAAUAAUAUUUUUGCCAAAUGAAAAAUAUAUAAAUAAUAAUAAUAAUUCUUCGAAACUAACGAUUUACCUUCAUUGCUAUCGAGUCUAAGGACGAAGUGAUCGCCAUCAAGAUGUUACGUCUAGCGUCUCUGAAGCUUCUUCAGAGACCAACUAGCAUAGCUUGUGCUCGUCUUACCUCAGGGUCUGCAGCCCCAGAAAAGGUGGAGUUGUUUGUUGAUGACAAACCAGUUUAUGUUGAACCUGGAACCACUGUGUUACAAGCUUGUGCUGCGGCUGGAGUUGAAAUUCCAAGAUUUUGUUACCAUGAUCGUUUAUCGGUGGCAGGAAACUGUCGGAUGUGUUUAGUUGAAGUGGAGCGAGCAGCAAAGCCUGUUGCAUCAUGUGCCAUGCCCGUUAUGAAAGGAAUGAAGGUGAAAACAAACUCUCCCAUUGCCAAAAAGGCUCGGGAAGGUGUGAUGGAAUUCCUUCUGGUCAAUCAUCCAUUGGACUGUCCAAUUUGUGACCAAGGUGGAGAAUGUGAUUUGCAGGAUCAGUCUAUGGUGUUUGGGAGUGAUCGCAGUAGAUUUACAGACAUUAACUUUACAGGCAAAAGGGCUGUUGAAGACAAGAAUGUUGGUCCCCUUAUAAAAACCAUUAUGACACGUUGCAUUCACUGCACUAGAUGCAUACGAUUUGCCAGUGAAGUUGCUGGAGUGGAUGAUCUGGGAACAACUGGGCGUGGUAGCAACAUGGAGGUCGGCACAUAUGUUGAAAAAAUGUUUCGGUCGGAACUCUCUGGUAAUGUCAUUGAUUUGUGUCCAGUUGGCGCUUUGACAUCCAAACCUUACGCCUUCACCGCUCGUCCUUGGGAGACUAGGAAAACUGAAAGUAUUGAUGUUAUGGACGCAAUUGGUUCCAAUAUUGUUGUGAGCACAAGGUCCAAUGAAGUGAUGCGGAUUCUGCCACGGAUGAAUGAGGAAAUAAACGAGGAAUGGAUUUCUGACAAGACUCGGUUUGCCUAUGAUGGUCUGAAAAGGCAGCGUCUGACUGUCCCUUACAUUAAGAACAGCAAUGGUGUGUUAGUCCAGACUGAUUGGGAGGACGCUUUGCAUACUGCAGCUGAGAAGGUAAAUCUUUCAUAUUUACACGCUUGCACAAAGAUACACACACGCUCACACAAAGACACACACUGUUUUUUUUCUUUUUUGUUCUCACCAUCUAGCACUGAUAUUAGGUCAAACUAUCUACUCAACACAACCAUUGCUGGGAUUGAGGAGGCAGAUCUUGUUCUUUUGAUUGGUACCAACCCUCGAUAUGAAGCAUCACUCUUUAAUGCUAGACUCAGAAAAUGCUGGAUACACAAUGAGCUUGAAGUUGCCAUGGUGGGAACUUCAGUUGACCUAACCUUUGACUACCAGCAUCUUGGUGAUUCAACAGAUGUUUUAAAACAACUUGCUAACGGCAGCCAUCCCUUCUGUAAGACAUUGAACUCUGCGAAAAAACCAGUCAUUGUUGUUGGAAGUGCAUUGUUACAAAGGUCUGACAGUGCAGCCAUCCAUGCUUUGGUGACUACCAUUGCCCAGAAUGCUAGGGUCCAGUGUGGCAGUGGAGAUGACUGGAGAGUGCUUAAUAUCUUACAUCGGGUUGCCAGCCAGGUAGCUGCAUUGGACAUAGGCUACAAAGCCGGAGUGUCAUACAUUCGAGAAAAGAAACCCAAGGUUUUGUUUAUGCUUGGAGCUGAUGAGGGAAGCAUCACAAGGGCAGACCUCCCCAGUGAUUGUGUUGUGAUUUACCAAGGUCAUCAUGGAGAUGCUGGGGCUCAAAUGGCUGAUAUAAUUUUACCUGGUACUGCUUACACCGAAAAGGAAGCCACUUAUGUAAACACAGAAGGAAGAGCACAACAUACAAGACUCGCUGUUACUCCUCCAGGAAUGGCCAGGACUGACUGGAAAAUUAUCAGAGCCCUCGCACAGAUUUGUGGAGUUGGCCUGCCUUACGACGAACUGAAUGAUGUUCGAAAACGCCUUUAUGAAGUGAGUCCCAGUCUUGUACAAUAUGGCGAGACUGAGGAGGCCAAUUUCUUCAAACAGGCUCAACAAUUAGCUUCUUUAACCCAGUCUGAAUUAUUGCCUGAUCCUCUGAAACCUCAACUUACAAAGCUGAGUGAGUUCUACAUGACAGAUACCAUCAGUCGAGCAUCUCAAACUAUGUCUAAAUGUGUAAAAGCUGCCUCUACCCCAAGCCGUUAUUGAUGAAGACUUUCACAUUAGUUUCUUCCACAUUCUCUAUUUAGUUUACUUUAUUCAAAAGGACUUUUUUUUUUGUAAAACAAGCCCCUCUGUUGUUUAAAUGACUUCUGACCAGUUAAGACCUAAAAACCAUAUUUGUAAAAUAUUCUCAGUCAAGAUUAAACUCAAGGCCUAACAGUAUUGACAAAGUCUGCCAGUUGGGGGCCCUCUACCAGCAAGCCAUUAUAAAUAACUGCUCUUACUCUUGGUAUACCAUGGCUCUCAGCUGCAGUUCCUCCUGUGUCACUUAGAAUUACCACAGCUUUGUUGAUGUUUUUGUCAGCCUUUGUUUAGAAAGCAGGAGCUGUCUGGUUGAUAACCUGUCAACUUAGACUCAAUACUGUUAUGCUGUUUCAGUUAGCACAUAUUAGAUAGAAAGCUUUAUACCAUAUGUCAUUUCUAUGAACCCCUGGAUAUGAAUGUAUGUAUAUAUGUGUGUGUGUAUAUGCAUAUAUAUAUUAUUGGAUAUACUUACCACAAAAAAUAUAUAAGUAUUUCCUAUAUAUAUAUAUAUAUAUUUAUAUAUAUAUAUAUAUAUAUACAUGCACGCAGACACACAAGUGGUCAGAAAGAAAACUAGUUCUUUUUACUCAGUAAAUACUAAAAUGUAUUUUCUUUAUUUAAUAAAAAUAUUGUUCUAUAAUGUUAAUAAUAAUAAAAA